GCUAUCCUGCACACAUUCCCGUGUGGUGUUUGUGCCUCUCCUCAGGGUCACUCCGUGGCUGGUCGUGUGUGGGCCAAUUGGGUGACGGAAGAGGCACACCAGAGGCAUUCGAGUGACUUUUUGGAAGCUCAUCGCCUCACACACACUCUGCCCGAAAUGGAGGCAGGCACCAGCUGUGCCCAAACACCGACUCCCAGUCACUGCGGAGCACGCGGGCUGUCGGGGUAUCUGGGCUAGGAGAGCCAACCAAAUCAUUGCGUAAGGCUUACCCGCGAUAACGUUCCUCCACCACGCGGAUUUAGAGAGCUUUUCUUUAUACCAAAGUGUGCCAGGAGUGCGUGCCCUGUGACAUGAAGUGAUCACACACAUGGAAAAAAAAUUGUGCGAGUGUUUCCACGAAUCCCUGAAUUAACUCCUUGGUGCUGAACCACAUUAACAGAACUAACACACAGGAAGUGAAGGGGGUGAAAAUGACGAGAUUCACGGAUGAAUCAGGGAUUAAGUGUCGCUUCGGGAGACGUGAGAAAUUCCCGCCAGUUGCUGAGGAGGACCCAGCAGAGGAUCAGAAUGCGCGACUCUUGCAUCAGAAUCACGAGGGAAAGUGCCCCAAAAAUAGAUGUGCCUUCGUCAGCCAAUGCUGUAGCUGCUGGACUCGGAUGAGCUACUGCAACAGGGCAGUGCUCCUGGGAACAGCCGGCAUUCUCUUGUCCCUGUGUGCCCUAGCCUUCUAUGUGGGCAUCUAUUCGCCAAACUGGUGGCGAAUUGCCGUAGACAAGCCGGCGCCAAAGGGGGUUUUGCACCCACCCAAUCCAGAAGUACCACAGCCACCGUCCCCAUCGACUCAGCACGUCUUCCAGAAUGCCGCUGUAUGCUCAGACUCUGACGUGUGUAGUCGCAUUGGCAGGGAUGUCUUUACGCGCGGCGGACAUGUGGUGGAUGCAGCUAUUGCCACCAUGUUCUGCCUGGGAUUAACCAACAUGCAGAGCAUGGGCAUUGGGGGUGGCUUCAUCAUGAACCUCUACCUACGUGAUCAACAGAAGGCCUACACGUUGGACGCCAGGGAGAUCUCUGCAUCAGCUGCUUUUGAAUCCAUGCACCUCCAUGAUCCCAAUACGACGAUCGAGGGCCCUCUGUCUCUGGGCACGCCAGGUGAAUUGAUGGGCUACUGGGAGGCGCAUCAGCGCUUUGGGCGUCUCCCGUGGCGGGAUCUCGUUGCUCCGGCCAUCAAAGUGUGCGAACAGGGAUUCCCCAUGAGUCGUCAUAUGGAGGAUUCCACAAAGAUCAAUCCACGCAUCCAGUACGAUCCUAUGCUACGCAGUAUGCUCUUCAAUGAAACCACCGGAACAUUCAGGAGAAUGGGAAGCAUAGUGCGCCCUACAAAGUUGUGUGAAACAUUGAGGAUUGUUGCUGAAAAUGGUGGGACUGAUCUCUACAAUGGAACUCUGGCGGAUCUCUUUGUGGAAGAUCUCAAAGAGCUAGGCAGCAUCAUCACGCGGGAAGAUCUUCAAGCUUACCGCGUAAAGUGGUCAGACUCGAUCCCUAUCAAAAUGAAUGGGGACACAAUGUACAUCAUUCCACCGCCAGGCAGCGGGCUUCUUCUUGGCUUCAUCAUGAAGAUCCUCAAAGGAUACCACUUCACCCCGGAAAAUAUUGCAACAAAGAAUGAGACAAUCAGAACGUACCAUCGUAUCAUUGAGGCCUUUAAGUGGACCUAUGGUAAGAGAACAGAGAUCGGAGAUCCGGACUUUGUGGACAUUACCCAGCUAAUCAACGAUCUCACAUCGGAUGAGUAUGCAGAGCAAAUAAGGCUGAAGAUUGAGGAUACAUUCACAAGCCAAGAGCCAAAGGACUACGGAGGAAACUUCCACAUUUCUGAAGAUCACGGAACAGCUCAUAUCUCUCUCCUAGCACCCAAUGGAGAUGCCGUCUCUGUGACUAGCUCCGUUAACUUCUACUUUGGAUGUGGGAACAUGGGCAACCGCACAGGGAUCAUCUUCAACAGUGGCAUGGAUGACUUCUCCUCACCCGGACUGAAAAACUACUUUGGUCUUCCGGGAUCCCCGCCUAAUUACAUUCGCCCCCGAAAGCGGGCGCUCUCCUCCAUGUCCCCCACAAUUGUCGUUGGCAAUGAUGGGAAUGUUAAGCUGGUGAUUGGGGCUGCGGGAGGGACAAAGAUCACAACAGCUGUAGCCAUGGCAACAAUGAGAAUCUUGUGGUUUGGACAGGAUGUCAAGGAGGCCGUUGAUGCUCCACGUUUCCAUCAUCAACUCAUUCCCAUGUGGGUGGACUAUGAGUACGGUAUGGAGGAUUAUCUGGUGGAUGGACUGGAGAAGCUGGGCCAUAAGACAAAUCGCUACAAUUACCGUGGCUCCAUCAUUUGCGCCAUCAAGAAGAACGACACAGCAAUCUAUGGAAAUGCAGAUUUCCGCAAAGAGGGAGAUGUCUUUGGAUUCUAAAGACCUCACAGCAUCCCCCAAAAGUAGCUUUAUAUUCCUCAAUUAGAAGAAAAAAGAAAUACUUCCUCACAUCUCAGCUUCGUUGCGUAGCUUCCAUUUAGGCAGCGGGAAGUAUUUAAAUAAUUUUACUAAAUAAGUUUUCUGCAAAUCUUCACUAUAGAAUUUUAUGAAUUUUAUUCUAAAUAAACGUAUUAUUUUUAUACGGUAAAAAA